AACUGGAGUGCAUCAUAUAAAGAGGUGUUUCUAAUAUUAUGUCCACCCUUAUCUAUAUGAAUAGGAAUUUAAUUAUGACUUCGGUAAUGAACAUGUUAAAGAAUUUUCACGUUCCACAUUUUCAACAUUUAAAAAUUUGCAUACAUAUGUUUUACAGCGCUUUUGUACCGUAUUGCAUUACAUGCACGUAUGAGUAAAUAUACCUGUGUAACAAUCCUUACAGAAUUUGUUUACAUAUUAUGCACACAAAAGUAAAAAUCUCUCAGCUUUAAAUUUUGUUAUUGUGUUAUUUCUUGUUGUUUUGUCAUUUUGUACCUAUACCCGAAAGCAAAUUGUCCUUUUAUUAAUGUUCUCCUUUCAGUGGUAAAAAAAAUCUGACUGUGAGUACUCUAUGAGCUACUGUCAGGUUAGAUCACAAGCAAAUUCAGCACGUCUUUAUAGUAAUCUGAUUACAAAGGUGCUUUGAAGAUUAGAGACAUUGUGGAGGUUUGAUUUGUAGCGCGAGCACAAGAUUACAGGAGCCUUUGUUAUCUGUACAUAAGUGCAUUUCUUCAGUUAUUUAGAAGUGUUUGUAAUUACAGUAGGACACUUUAUUAUAUAUCACUUUGUGUUUCAAAAUUGCAAAAUACAGAGAAAUAGAAUUGAAUAUUGAUUGUUAUUGGUUUAUAAGGGCCAUAGUGUUGACAGCAAUGCUAGUAAAAUGCUUUGUCCACAAUAAGCACAAUGUUUUGAUUUUUUUCAGGCGUUAUAUCGUAUUUUUUGACACAGUUAUUGUCCCAUUGUAGCUUGAACGACAGGAACAUGAAUUUGGAUGUAGCCAGACCUGAAGCAAAGUCUAGCAUCAAAGCUCCCCUCAGAGCAGCUGGUCCUGGCUCCACAGACAAGGGACCACCCAGGUUCAAACAGAGAAGCACCCGGCAGUUCAAGAGCAAGCCCCCCAAAAAGGGAGUCAUUGGCUUUGGAGAGGAGAUUCCUGGAAUGGAGUGGCUUGGCAGUGACAUCACUGUGAUCUGCCCAUGGGAAGCGUACAGCCAUCUAGAGCUGCAUGAACUAGCUCAGUAUGGAAUCAUCUAAGUCUCUUCUCUGAUUUUUUUUGUUUACCAAAGGGAACUAAUGUGGCACGUUCAAGUUACUUGGAAUUUCGGUAACUGAUUUCAACAGUCUAGAUCAUCAAUAGUGGCUUUUUUUUUUGACUUGCAAACCUCCUACUACAAUUGCAAUGUCUAAUUUAUGUAAUGUAUGUAUAUUGAGAAUGCUGUUCUUUGUCUAAGACAUUUUGUACAGUACAACUAUUUUCAUAAGACUCUCAAGCUGCCAUUUUUAAGCCCAUAAAACACUGAGGCUGAAUGAGUUAUUGCCUGAGGCUGCAGUGGGAGCUGGAACUGAAAGUUCGGUUACUGGCUUGCAGGAGUUUCUGAACAACCGUCAGCACUGUGUUUGUUAUAUUUAAACU